AUGCCGGCGCCAGGGCCCUGCGGCCCAGCGCUGCUGCCGGCCGCUCUGGCGCUGCUCCUCCUGUCCGCAGCACUCCGGGUCUUCGAGGGCGGCACCGGGCCGCGACCCCCCGCAGGGGAGCCAGCCCGAGACGGGCUGCGGAGGACGCUGGAGGAGCCGCGGCCGGCGGGCCGGGCGUGGGGGCCGCUGCCCCUGGGAGCCUUGUACGCCGUGGGCGUCCUGGCUUUCGUGCUGCGCCGAUGUCUGCAGGGACAAGAGGACGCCGAAGUUUCCCCGGAGGACAAGUCCGCCGAGAAGGAGCUUCUGCGCAGAGAAGAGCAGCUGGCUCAAGAACUGGCCAAGACGGAGCAGCUCCUGGGUGGCCUGCUGGACCAGCUGGACCCUCUGUUUGAGCGUGUGGAUGCUCUGGCUGGAGCCCAGCAGGACCUGCUGACCCUAAGGCUUCACACCAUCAGCCAGCUGUUAAAGGACAAAAGGCUGGAUGCCACUCUUGCUUCCCAAGAGUACAACCCCCCUAUCCAUGAGGACCCGAGUGCUGAGGAAGAUGAUGACAGUGACCUUCAGACUGGGGGCUGGGGGGAGGAACCUGAGGAGGGAGUAACUGAGGCCUGGGCUCCAAAUGGCUCCUGGGGCCAAUUUGGGGAAAAUGGGAAGGAGUGGGAGCUCAGGAGGAGGAAAUGGAUGGAAGGGACACAAGUCACACACUGAGAGAGAGGGUAUAAGAUAAAACCUCAUGAGGUAAGGGAAUGGUAUGAGUUUUAGAAAACCUGGUAGGGAAUCAAAGCUCUGAUUUGAGGAAGUAGAUCCUCUUCAAGGAGCUGAGACGUAAUAAAAAUAAAAGUUAUUCCAUUUAAGUAUACAACUUGAUCAUCCAAAACAUUUGUGCUCAAUCAAAUAUAAAUGUGCUCAAUCAAACAUAAAUAUAUAUAUCAUACACACGUCACCAUAUUCUUUACCACCAGAUAGUGGCCAGCUACACGUUCUAGCGAUGCUGAAGCUUCAAAGCAGUCAGACUUCCCAUAUCUAACUGGAAACAGCUGUAAGGUGCUCUUCUACCUUGUGUGGCUGCUGUAGAGAAAGAAUACUAAGUGAGCCAUAUCCCCAGUCUGAAUGAGAACACUGGGAGCCUGAGAAAGGUAGAGUACAUAAACGGUGAGGGGAAAAACAGUAGUUGCACAUCAUUAAAUCAGUCCCUAGAACCAGGGGAGAUUCAAGGCAUACCUGAUAGCUAUGGUCAGACUGUGGUACCAACGGGAUAGUGCCUCUUGGUCCAUGGACAUGAGGAGCAGCUUUUCAUGGGGAAAAGAAAGCUGGGGGUGGAAAAUAACAUCUAAGUUGCCUACCCAGAAAAGGCAGUCCUGAAGCAGAAGGCACUACUAUCCAGGGAAAGGAUGGUUAUGUCGAUUCAGGAUGGGGAUAGGGACUGGACUUGUGAUGCUACCGGAAGAGGGAACUUCCAGGAGAGGUCUGUAUCUUCUCUACAAUUUACAGCAUUACAGAGUUGUCUAAAGCAGGGGUUGGCAAAUUAUAACCCAUGGCUAAAUUAUUUUUCUGUACUUUUCUAGAACUGGUAUUUUAAAAUGUAAAGACCAUUCUCAGCUUACAGCAGUACAAAAAUAGAAGGCAGUCCAUUUGCCAUCCCCUGGUGUAGGGUACUACAGUUAAGUGAUUUGCCCAGUCAUCUGUAUAUGUAUGUAUGGGUCAAGAGUUGGGACCUGAAGUCAGGUGUUAACUGGUUCAAAAGCUAGCUCUCUAUCCAUUGAACCACACUGCCUGUCAUGUACAGAGCUUGGUGGUGGUAUAGAGUCAAGGUCUGAGCUAUCUGGGAAGGGAUAGGAGGACGGGACCUUUUUCCUUAACCCCUGGGGAAGACUUAGGGGAAGGAGUUGUAAGGGGGUGUAAUCUGAGUCUGUGAGCUGGCAGCAUCCUUAGAGGUCAUCUAGUCCAGUCCCCUAAUUUUACACAUGAGGAAAUUGAGGUUCAGAGUGGCUGUGACUUGCCCAAAUUCAUACAUUAGCUAGUGGUAUAACACAGUGGAACUGAAGCCCAGGUCUCCUGACUCCUAGUUCAGUGCUCCUAUACAGUGUCUUAAGUUUUAAAAGAAAUUCCUAAAGACUGAUCUAAAUAGGUUACUCAGGGAAGUUUGGGGCCCUAUCUCUGUCUUGUAGGGUUGUCAGAUUGGCCACCGUGUGUCCUCUACAAAUUGGGGCUUGCCUUACUGUUCUGUUGAUUGUCUAGACUUAAAGUGAUGGAUGUUAAUAAUACUGCAGAUUAAACUCAAAAGUGUGUCAUGUG